UUCAACAAUGCCUUCCCUUCACUAGCUACAUCUUUACUACACUUAGGGCUGCAGUGUCUGCUGUGUUUAAAGCAGUCAGAUCACCAUUUCAUACGUGCAGCCCUAAGCUCAGAGGGACAGGGCGAGGGAGAGACUUACAGCUCAUGUGGGCUGCAGCUGUGACAAGGAUGGACAGACUGCUUUUCUGGUGCAUUCUUCUGGCCUCCUCUGCCACUUUCCAGGCAGUGUCCAUGGAGCAAGGUGCUGUGCCCUCGUGCCCACCUCAGUGCCACUGUGAAGAAGAUGGCAUAAUGCUCUCAGUGGAUUGCUCAGAGCUGGGACUCUCUGAAGUCCCUGCUAACUUGAGUCCUCUAACGGCUUACCUUGAUCUGAGCAUGAACAACAUUAGCGAACUGCAACCCAACACUUUUCAUCAUAUGCGCUUCCUGGGGGAGCUGCGACUCUCUGGAAACCAGCUCUUCAGGAUCCCAGGGGAAGCUUUUUCUGGCCUCUACAGUUUGAAGAUUUUGAUGCUGCAGAACAACCAGCUCAGACGGAUCCCUGCAGAGGCACUGAGGGAUCUUCCAAACCUCCAGUCUCUACGCCUGGAUGCAAACCUUAUCUCUCUGGUGCCGGAGAAGAGCUUUGAGGGAUUGCCAUCCUUACGUCACCUGUGGCUGGAUGAUAACGCUCUGACGGAGAUCCCUGUCCAAGCUCUCAAUAACCUUCCAGCCCUGCAAGCCAUGACGCUGGCUCUCAACCAGAUCGGGCACAUUCCUGACUAUGCCUUCCAGAAUCUCAGCAGUCUCGUGGUGCUUCAUCUCCACAACAACCGAAUCCAGAGCCUGGGGACCAAUGGCUUUGAAGGCCUGCACAGCCUGGAAACUUUGGACCUGAACUACAAUGAGCUUUUGGAAUUCCCUGUGGCCAUCAGGACCUUGGGCCGACUACAGGAGCUGGGUUUCCAUAACAACAACAUCAAGGCUAUUCCAGAGAAGGCAUUUGUUGGGAACCCGUUACUCCAAACCAUACAUUUUUAUGGCAAUCCUAUCCAGUUUGUUGGACAGUCCACUUUCCAGUUCUUGCCAAAGCUGCACACCCUGUCCCUAAAUGGAGCAACAGACAUCAGAGAAUUCCCAGACCUUAAAGGAACUACCAGCCUAGAAAUUUUGACCUUGACCCGGGCAGGGAUCCAUUUGCUUCCCAGAGCGAUGUGCCAGCAACUACCCAGCCUCCGAGUCCUUGAACUCUCUCACAACCAAAUAGAAGAGCUGCCCAGUUUCCACAGGUGUCAGCAGCUAGAAGAAAUUGGCCUCCAGCACAAUAGGGUCCGUGAAAUCAGAGCAGACACCUUUGGGCAGUUAAUGGCCCUGCGCUCCAUAGACCUAAGCUGGAAUUGCAUCCACUUCAUCCAUCCUGAGGCCUUUGUGACCCUCCACUCACUCACCAAGCUAGACUUGACUGACAACCAGCUGGUCACCUUGCCACUGGAUGGACUGGGUGGCCUAACCCAUCUGAAGCUCCAAGGCAACCCUGCACUGUCUGAGCCCUUCACCAAGGAAAGCUUCCCGAAGAUGAGAGUCCUAGAGGUGCCCUACGCUUACCAGUGUUGCGCCUAUGGAGCCUGCAGCAAUUUCUUUAAGCUAUCCAGUCAGUGGGAAGCAGAAGACAUGAACCCUGAGGAUGAGGAUCUCCACAAGAGGACAGUGGGAUUUUUUCCUGGUCACGCCGAUAACCACUAUGACCUAGACAUAGAUGACUUCCAGCUGGAGCUUGAGGAGUCAAAGCUGCACCCCACUAUUCAGUGCACCCCCAGCCCUGGUCCCUUCAAGCCCUGCGAUCACUUGUUUGAGAGCUGGGUCAUCCGCCUGGGUGUCUGGGCCAUUGUGCUGGUCUCAGUGCUCUGCAAUGGGCUGGUUGUCUUAGCCAUCUUCGCCUCACCUGGUUACCUCUCACCAGUCAAGUUUGUCAUCGGCUCCAUUGCUGGGGCUAACAUGCUGACAGGCAUUUACUGCAGUAUGCUGGCCUUCGUUGAUGCCCUGACAUAUGGGCAGUUUGCCAAGUACGGUGCCAGGUGGGAGACAGGUGUGGGCUGCAGGGUGACAGGGUUCAUGUCCGUGUUUGCCUCAGAGACUGCCGUCCUCCUGCUGACUCUGGCUGCUGUGCAGUGUAGCAUUUCAGUCUCUGGCAUCCAAGCAUAUGGAAAGUCACCCUCCUUCAGCAGUGUCAAGGCAGCUGCCCUGUGCUGCCUGGUGCUGGCUUCUAUGGCUGCAGCACUGCCUCUCUUCUCUGUUGGCGAAUAUGGAGCAUCUCCUCUCUGCCUCCCAUAUCCCAUCCCAGAUGGGAAAUCUUCAACUUUAGGCUUCAUGGUGGCCCUGGUAAUGAUGAACACACUCUGCUUCCUGAUCAUCACUGGCACCUACAUCUGGCUCUACUGCAACUUACUCAAAGGGGAGCUUGACACCAUCUGGGACUGUGCUAUGAUCAAGCACGUAGCCUGGUUGAUCUUCACCAACUGCCUCCUCUACUGCCCGGUGGCCUUUCUCACCUUCUCCUCCAUGCUCAACCUCUUCCUCAUCACUCCUGAGGUCAUCAAAUCUGUCCUGCUAGUGGUGCUGCCCUUGCCAGCCUGCCUGAACCCCCUGCUUUACCUGCUCUUCAAUCCCCACUUCAGAGAUGACCUGCGCCUGCUGAGACAAAAAGGCCAGGGCAAGGAAAGAUGCUCCCAGUCCUAUGCCUCCGAUGACAUGGAGAAGAGCUCGUAUGACUCCACCCAAGCUCUAGUGACCUUCUCUGAUAUGGAUCAUAUGUUUGAGGCUCCUGACACCCUCAGCGUGCACCCCAUUCUGGAGACGUACAGUUUUCCCUCCAUGACUCUCAUCCCCUGUCAGCAAAGGAUGGGUGCUAGAGGAAAAGAGAGAAGCUACUCAGCCCACCACCCCUGCCUGAAUGAUGAUGAACUGUUAAUUGCCUCAGAAAGCAGAGACCCAGCAAGCAGCAGUCUCCGGAUAGACUUCUUCCCCUCCCCACCCACGUCAUCCUAUACCUCUCACUUAUAAACCACAAAGUGGCCAUGCAAAGCAGCCCCCUGCCUGAAGAACUGAGAAGGAGCCCCAGCUUGGGGCAGCCAGCAGGGCAGGAGACAGGCUGCUUCACAUAAGGUAUCAAUACACCCCACCGUCACAUAACUGUUGUUAGCACCACCAUGGUAAGCCUGACAUUGCACAUAGAAGGGCCCUGUAUGAGCUGCCAUGCCAGAGGCUUAAGGGCCUUGAGACUGAGCCUCUUGCAUGAGUGUAAAAGGAAUCACCCUUCCCCUUGCUUGCAAAUGCAUGGGGGAACCCAUUAGCAAAGGGCAUGGGUCACAGAAACUUUCCUCCCAGGGGUGCCCCAGUCAUGGCCAUAGCAUGACAAGGCAGAGAAAGUAUCUAAGGAGAGCAUAAAUGUGUGGCAAAGAGCCCAGACAUGUCCCCAAGGGAAUGGUAGAGUAGGAGCUCUCCAGAGACAAGAGACAGUGCCAUGGCCACAGAGCUUGCCCUUCUGGGGCUAUGCUGCCCUCCAAUACAGUGCCUACCCAUACCAAAUUUGACAGGGCAGCUCUGAAGCUAGCCCAGCACUCUGUCCUAAUUGCCAAGUCCCCUGGUAGAAGUGUCCUGGGAGAGGAAGGGGGAGGUAACAGAAGAGCCAACAAGUGGGAGGGAAGUGGCAGCAGACAGAAACUGCAGCUGCACGGCAGUAGUGGGAUGGAACCGAGGCCACUGCAUGUUGUAUAAUUAAUGUGCUCAACACUUCACAGUGCCCCAGGAGCCUGGUCAGUACCUUCCCCAUUGUACAGGCAGGAAGUCCAAGACUGAUCAUGCAAAUAGGUUUGGUUUUGUUUUUUUAAAUAGCUGCAGUGCUUCAUUUCCUCCAUUUUGGGAGCACAGUUUGGGAUACCUGGAAGUCAGACCAGUGGUGAAUGCCCCCAAAACAGAGGUAGACAAAUCCAAGAGACGUGGCUUUAGAGACAUGGCUGUGUGUGCCUUGUCAGGAGGACCACAGCAAGUCACCUGGGAGCCAGUACUGGACGUAGGACUCCAUGUCCCCUGGGCAACACCCCAGACCAAGCUGCCUCCAUACUCUAGAGCCAGAUGGAGUUUGAUAUGGGGAUUUUGCUGAGAGCUACAAGGUAUUGGCUCAGUGUAAAGAAAAUAAUACUAAAGGAAUAGACUACUCCCAACCUGUGCCCUUGUCACCCUAGCACCUCCCACCUGAGAGAAGUUUUCAGUGCUAGGUUUCUUGUCCUCCAUGCACAGCGGCAGGACAGGAGGAUGCGUUUCUCCUUCCCUCCCUGCUGAGCAACAAAUCUGGAAGGAAUGGGGGUGUGGGAAUGGUGAGCAACAGAGUAGAACGACAAAGUCAGGAGGCUUCUGGGAACAUUUACAGAUCGGCUCACUGAAGCUCAAGGACCUCCCUGAAACUAAGCAUGCUGGCCCAGCAGUGCUCCUUCCUGUCAGCACAAAGCCUGCAAGGCACCUGUGGCCACAGCCCAUUCAGAGGCCACAGGCUCUGGUCCUGUUGACAUUGCAGCAGAUGUACUUAAUCCUUUCCAAGUUAACAAGUGAGCCUCUGAUGGUGACCUUGUGCAUCAAAAGGCAGCUACCUUACUAGCUCCUUGGACAGGCUUGUUUCCCUGCUUCACUCAAUUAUAACCACCCCAAAGUUAACAGGGAGAUACAAGGUAAAGGAUAGAGCCUGUAGCUGCAGUCAGUGCUGCUAGAAGAAUCUUUUGUAUACAGUCCAGGGGGAGAAACCUGUCCCUGAUCCACCAGGACUUGUGGUUUAUGUAAGCUUUUCUCCCUAAAGCUGGUCCCCUACAGAGGGGACGAUGGGCAUUUGCUGUGUUGAUGUCCAAUGAUAUGCCCCUUCGGGGAGAAUCUCAUCCUGGGGCAAGGCCUUCCUAAGGCACGUGUUGAGGAGUUACGUCUGUUUUUCUUCAGGCACCAGGAAUGCAGCUCUGGUGUGGAUAGGUGAUAGUGAUGGCACAUGUCAGAACUCAAACCCAUCCCCCAGAUCCAGACCCGGCCAAUCUAGCAUUCCCAUGUAAAUCUGCUCCCUCCUGAUCAACUUGCCCCAUCAGGGCUCCUCCUAUGACUUUGCUCUUGCUAAACUCCCAUUGAUUUCAGCCAGGAUCUGCCCAAGUAACUCCUGCAGGAUCAGGCCCAUUCUUAUUUAGAUGUACAACAUAGUCCAAAACCCAGUCCCGACAGCUGGGAAGGCGAAUGGCAUAGGGAGGGAGUUUUUCAGUUCUUUGGAGAUGGAGAAGGAAGGUAGCUGGGGAGCAUGAGUAGGGAAACCUGUACUACCUGCUUCUUGAGCAAACAGCCUUCUGCCAGGUCACAGAGCACAACUCGCAUCCCCCCUUUGCAAAGAGGUGAGAGGACAUGGCUUCAUCCCAGCUCCAUUCAGUACCACUGCCCACCCCAGCCCCCUCCCUGCUGGUCAAACUGCCCAAAGGACACUGGUAUCUGGAUGACUAUGCUCCAGUGACCCCUCCCUCCACCCCCCAGCUAGAGCAGAAGGAAAGAUAUGUGAUUACUACACAAGUAUAGGGGAUUGGAGAAUUAAGGUAUGAAGUAGAAAGCAGGUGGAAGAUACUUGGGGGGGAAGGUCAGGAGACAAGUCAAAGAGGACCCUUGAUAGCAGACCUGAAAAACAAGUGAAGAGGAAGAGCUUGUAGUAAAAGCAGGAGAAAAAUAAUAAAGGGACCAUGUCCAUGGGGCAUUUUCACCCAGUAAUACUAAGCUGCCCAAAAUCUGUGUUGGGAAGGGCAACAUAUACAUGAAAUAAACAGUAAAUAAAUAGUGAAGAAGGGACCGCACUCAUUUGGGGAUACGUGACAGAGACUGGGAAGGUGUGAGAACAGGCCUGUUUCCCCACAUGGGCACUAGGGCUGUGCGAAGCUUCGGGUGGUGUUUUGAUUUGGAGGAGAUUUGGCCUGAUUCGGUGGCCAAAUCUAAAUCGAAUCCAGGGACCAAUUAAAAAGUCCAAAUUGAUUCAAAGCUCUCCGAAUCUUCGGCAAAGAUUUGGAAAGCUUCAAUGAUUUGGGCAGUCCCUGGUGGCUGUGGCAGGGAGCUGCAGCUGACUCCGAGCUGGUAAGUACCAGGGGCGCAUGAGGGGACCAUGGGGGGACCCCUGCCAGCCCCUCCGACCCCCUCCACCCCCCCCCAUGGCUGCCGCCCCCCGCCCCCCCCCCCAGCGCUUUAAAGAAAAGCCCUGGUGCUCACUGGUUGCUGCCAGGCAGGGGGUGAUCCCUGUUGCCCUCUACUUCCCCAUGCUGCAUGGGGACUUCUGCAUGAGCCCCCCAACUCACCCCCCACUUUCCCAGCACCCCCCACAAGUGCCCCACCCGGGCCAGCUCCGGCCCUUUAAGAAGAAAAAAAAUAGAGAAAAGCCCUGGGACUCACUGCUCCUGGUGCAGCCUCAGGGCUUUGGGGGGCUCAUGCAGAGCCCCCCAUGUGGGGAGGGGCAGCGAGGGGCAGCAGGGAUCACCCCUGCCAGCAGAAGUGGAGAGUCCUCGGGCUUUUCUUGUAUUGUUUUUUUCUUAAAGGGC